ACAUAUGACAUGACCAAAACAUGACAUAAAAGCAAUGUCCAUGUCAUAUAAAAAUAAAAUAAAUAUUGAUCCUUUAAUCCUUUUGCCAUUACCAAAUUUUCUAUCUUAAAUCAUAAUAAGAUAAAUUCAACCAAAUGUCUGAAUGUCUCCACCAUACUUGUUCUGACUAACUUGCAUGACCACUGUAACAGUACCUAACUGUAAAAAUUUUUUAGCAAAUUUAGAUUUCUACCUUCAUCUAGUCUAUGCUCCUCGUAGCAUCCUAGUAGAAUCAGGGAAUGGAGGAAUGAAAGUAUUUUAUAAAUUUUCAUUAUAAUUCAUUCAGCUUAUAUGUUAGCUAUGGAAUUUAAAGUUGAAAUUGAGGAACACUUUGUUGAAUAUAGCCAAAAAGAUGCAGAGGGCCAGCCAACCACAUCCAAAGAUCUGGAAAACUGGAAAAAUGAAGUAAAACUAGAAAAUAAUUCGGAAAUGGGACUGAAAGCCGAAAUUAAGGAAGAGUUUCCAGAGGGUUGUCAAGAAUUUAAUAUAGAGAGUCAGCUAUUUACUUCCUCAGAUCUUGAAAACUUGAUUAACAAAACAGAUGAAGAUAACUCAGGUAUUUCUCAGGAUGGUAUGGGAGUCAUGAAAACGGAACUUGCAUGCACUACAGAACAACAAAUGAGUGCAAACAUUGAAGAAACAACAUUAAACAAUUCUAUUUGUGAAUGUAAAAUUUGUUUUAAGCAAUUUGAUCAAGAAGGUUCUUUGAAACGACAUAUGAAAACGCACAACAAAGAAAAGCUUUACAAAUGUGAAAUUUGUUUUAAGCGGUUUAAUCAAGCACAUGCUUUGAAAGGUCAUUUGAGAGUGCAUACUGGAGAAAAGCUUUACAAGUGCCAAAUUUGUAUUAAACAGUUUACUCGAUCAGAUGUUUUGAAAGUACAUUUGAGAGUGCACACUGGAGAAACUCCUUAUAAGUGUGAAAUUUGUUUUAAGCAGUUUAGUCAAACAGCCCAUUUGAAAACACCUUUGAAAGUGCACACUAAACAAAAACCUUACAAGUGUGAAAUUUGUUUUAAACAGUUUACUCGUAAAAUCUUUUUGGAUGGACAUGCGAAAUUUCACACUGGAGAAAAGCCUUACAAGUGCGAAAUUUGUUUUAAGCAAUUUAAUGAAGCAAGCGAUUUGAAACGUCAUUUGAGAGUACACACUGGAGAAACGCCUUAUAAGUGUGAAAUUUGUUUUAAGCAGUUUAGUCAAACAAGUCAUUUGAAAAAACAUUUGAUGUUUCACACUGGAGAAAAGCCUUAUAAGUGUGAAAUUUGUUUUAAAGAGUUUUCUCGGAAAGAUCAUUUGAAAACACAUUUGAGAGUGCAUACUGGAGAAACACCUUACAAGUGUGAAAUUUGUGUUAAGCAAUUUUCUAACAAAAGUCACUUAAAUACACAUUUGAGAUUGCACACUGGGGAAACUCCUUAUAAAUGUGAAAUUUGUUUUAAGCAGUUUUGUCACAAAAUUCAAUUGAGUACACAUUUGAGCGUGCACACUGGAGAAAUGCCUUAUGAGUGUGAAAUCUGUUUGAAGCAAUUUAGCCAAAGAAGUAGUUUGAAAAAACAUUUGAUGUUUCACACUGGAGAAAAGCCUCAUAAGUGUAAAAUUUGUUUUAAGCAAUUUAGUCAAAUAGGUCAUUUGAGAAAACAUUUGAUGUCUCACACUAGAGAAAAGUCUUAUAAGUGUGAAAUUUGUUUUAAACAGUUUACCCAAAGAAGUAAUUUGAAAAAACAUUCAAAAGUUCACACUGGAGCAUAGCUUUACAAGUGUUAAAUUUGUUUUAAACAAGAUAUGGAUUCCGUAUCGUGUAGAUAGAUAGAUAGAUAGAUAGAAUUUAUUCGUCUAGAAAUUUAUAAAAUGUAUACACAUUACAUAGAUUUAUCUGACUAGUCAAAGAAGUAUUAUACAGGGUGUCCCGGAAAAUAGUGCGUUCCUUUAAGGUAUGGAGAGAAUACACAAUUUGGAACAAAAAAGUCCUAUACCAUUUUUUUCUAAAGUUAGCCGUUUCCAAAAAAAAGUUAACAUUGUUUUCCAUAUACCUGUAUUUUAAUGUUUGGAAAUUUUAAUAAACUGGCAACAUCGAACGCACUACGGAAUAAUAACAGAUAAUAAGAACUCGUUUGUGAUUGUGAUUAACAGUAUUUAAAAUAAUCCAACCUAAUAGUAGGUAAUACUUAUGUAUUUACUAUUUGUUUACUAAAAUUAUUUUCUUUUGAAAUGUAUUGAAAUACCUAUUGCAUAAUUUUAAACGAAUUACACAUCUUUUAACAUAAAAACACGUCUUUUAACUAAACUAGUAUUAUGUAUUUAGUAAGGUUUAAAUGGGUUGAAUGCUGAGUACUGCUGAGGGCUUUAACUGAAUUACAUAGUUUUAAUAGUUUACAGUGGAACUUAAAUACACCAGAUAAUGUCUCAGUAAUUUGUUUACUUGUGAACUGAAAUAACUAAGUUGUACUUACUUGAAAAUAAUUAUUAUACCGAAUAGAUGUUUCAAGUAACCUUUCACAAACACCAUUCAUAGGUAAUAACAUAAUAGGUAAUACACUCACUAUUCGAAAACAUUUUCGCAUUGACACUAAACACUAAACAGGAUUCUUUAAAACUAUCUGUUUACUAUGUAUCUUAGUAUCUUCUAUCUAUUUACAUGGGACUGUCUAUGCUUAAAUUUGCGUACCGCACAUAGUUGUCAGAUUUAAAUUUACAUACCAAAAUACAUUUUAAUUUUUUGGUCAAACGGUUGCAUUUAGAAAAAAAUGUUAUAAGAGUUUUUUGUUCUACAUGGUGCCUUCUACCUAUACCUUCAAGGAACGCACUAUUUUCCGGGACACCCUGUAUGUUAUACAAAUGUAAACACAUUAAAAAUUUAGUACAUUAAAAUUUACAUUAAGAAAAAUACAUUACAAGAAACACAUUAAAAAUUUAAAAAUUCCUCAAUACUGUAAAAGGCAUGGCUAACUAGAAACUUUUUUAGAUUCCGUUCAAACGAUUUAAUAGUGUCAAGAUGCAUCUUAUGUGUCACCGACAUGUCACUGAACUUAUUAAAACAUUUAAUCCCAAUGUAUGUAGGAGCAUGCUGUGCAACUCCCAGGCGGGAAAAAGGCUGGUGUAUGUUAUCUUUUAGGCGUGUAUUAUAUGGAUGUAGAUCCACGUUCCUAAGGAAUGUUUGCUCAUGUUUUUUUAUAUACAUUAUUAGUUGUAAAAUAUAUAGGCUUGGAAGAGUCAAGAUGUUAGCUUUUAUAAAUAGUUGCUUGAUGUAGUUGGUGAUACUUUAAACAUAGUUCGUAGUAUUUUUUUGAGAUAUAAAAGCUCUAUUCAUAUAUGGAGAUGAGCCCCUAAAUAUUAAGCAGUACUGAAGGACUGACUGCACCAAGCCAUAGUACAUUAGUUUUAAUAUAUGGAAGGAUACAGUAUCCCUUAUGUUUCUAAUUACAUAACAACGACUACUUAGUGUUGAGUUUACUUUAUCUAUUUGAUCUUCCCAACUUAGCUUUGGAUCUAGCAUCAGUCCUAAAAAUUUUAUUACUUCAGCAUUUUGAAUGGACUUGUGAUCAAUAUAUAGAUAAGGAUCAUAGUCAGGGGCUAUAUUCUUUGGUAAAAAUCUCAUGAAACUGGUUUUUGUUAUAUUUAAUUUAAGGCCAUUGUCUUUGCAAUACUUACUAAAUUCCUGAGAUGCUGUAUUACCCUUGCUAACAAGUUGAUCAAAUUGAUGAUGUAAUAUAAUGAAGCUUGUAUCAUCUGCAUAUUCAAUAAUUUGAUUAGGAAUGGUGCAGACUUGGUUGAUAUCGUUGAUAAAAACAAUAAAGAAGAGAGGGCCAAGAACCGAGCCUUGUGGUACCCCUACAGAAGACUUCAUUGGGUCUGAUAGUGUACCAUCCAAUAUUAUUGUUUGCAAACGAUUUGACAAAUAUGAUCUUACCCAGUCAUGUGGUAUACCUCGAACUCCCAUGCCUUCCAUCUUCAUCAGAAGCAGCCUGUGAUCCACCAUGUCGAAAGCACAACUGAGAUCAUAAAAAAGACCCAAUGUGUUCUGUUUUUCAUUUAGAGCUUCAUAGAUACGGUUAAGACAGUCAUCAACAGCGCUUACAAUAGAUUUUCCUUUCCUGAAUCCAUUUUGGACAUCUGGCAGUAAAUGAAAUGCUUCUAGAUAGCUUGUUAGUCUUUCACAGAACGCCAGUUCAAACAACUUUGCAAUCUUACUGGGUAUACAAAUCAAACGGUAAUUCUCAAUAUUACUUGCAGAACCUUUAUUUUAAAAAAUUUUAAAUCCCUUGGAUUCCUUUAUAUUGGGAAAUUGGCCUGUCAUAAAAGAUUCGUUGAUUAAAUGUGACAAGGGUUCACAUAUGUGACUGGCAACAUAACCUUACCAUUGAUUUCAUCUAAACCUUCAGCAUGUUUAGAUGUGGUCUUACUUAUAAGUGACAUUACUUCUUCAGGUGUAGUUGGAGAAAGAAAGAAAGUCUUGGAAAAUUGAUCAAUUUUCAUGAGAUAAUUUGGAGUUGAGUGAUUAUUAUUUUUAUUGAUGAAAUAGUUAUUUAUUAUCUUGGCUUUAUCUUUAGUUUUUAUGUUUUCAUUGUCAUUUAUUUUAAUUAUAUUUGCUAAUGUGGGUUUAUUUCUAUUUUGAUUAUUAUUGAUGAUUUUUCAACUUUCUUUUAUCAUGUUUUUGCUAUUUUCAAUACUUGCAUUAUUUCUUUGUUUUAAAAACUGUUGUCUGAUUUGUUGAUAUUGCUUUUUAAAAGUAUUAUAUCGUUCUGUAUAAAACCGACUAUUUAACCUUUUGCGUAAUAUGUUCAUUUCGCACAGCAUAUUAUGCAUUUCUUUGAUGUGCUUAGGAAACUUAUUUUUGUUAUACAAUUUGGCUGGGUUUUGUAUUUUAGGAAAAACUGUUGUAAUGAUAUGCAGGGUGUCCCAAAAGUAGUGGAACGGUCGAAUAUUUCGUAUCGGAUCGAAAAACCGAAAAAUACGUUUUCAAUCAUUUUCAAAAAUCUAUCCAAUGACACCAAACACCAACCCCCACUACACCCCCUGGAGGUGGGGUGGAGGGUAACUUUAAAAUCUGAAAUGGAAACCCCUAGUUUUUCUUGCAGAUUUGGAUUCGUUACGUAAAAGUAAGCAACUAUUAUCCAAGACAUUUUUUCGAACUGUGGAUAGAUGGCGCUAUAAUUGAGAAAAACGAUUUAUCCUGAUACCAUAGGUAAAUUAUAGAAACGGUGUAAUAUCUCGAAAAAUACAAUUCCAAAUGAGAAACCAAAAAAAAAGGUUUUUAAUACUUUUCGAAAACCUAUCGAAUAACACUAAACAUGACCCUCCAACCCAUCCCCUGGAGGUGGGGUGGGGGGCAACUUUAAAAUCUUAAAUAGCAACCCCCACUUUUUAUUACAGAUUCGGAUUCGUCAUGAAAAAUUAAGCAACAUUUAUUCGAAACAUUUUUUAGAAUUGUUGAUAGAUGGCGCUUUAAUUUAAAAAAUACGAUUUAUUAGCGCCAUCUAUCUGCAAUUUUAAAAAAUGUUUCGAAUAAAUGUUGCUUAAUAGCUUUGAUCGCGCAGUACGUCCUGGGUAUACCCAGAGGGAGAACGCCUGCGCAUUACAAAAUUGGGCGUUCGCGGAGUCCAAAUCUUUCCCUCUGAAAACCCUCCGGAUUUUUAAUUCGGUGUUCGCGCAGUACAGAAAAAAGAUCCUGAACAUGCCCGGGGUACGCUCUCGACGUUCGAGGAUUUUGUUUCGGAUUUUAAGUUCGCACAGGCGCACAAAAUAUUUGGGAAGAAUUUCUUACUUGACAUUCUGUUCUUACUCCUUCCAAUUCUUAACCUAAAAUAUUGUUUUGUUAAACAACUUGUAGAUGUAGAUUCUGGUUUUUAAAGUUUUGAAAUUAUGUAAAGUGUUGUGUCAUUUAAAUAUUCUUCAAACAAAUUUUAAUAUUUUUUAUAUUAAAGCUUUUUUAGUUGUUUUUGUCAAUGUUUUCCAUUUCGUAUGUUUAUAAAUAAGUAGGUACCUUUUCAAGUAUUAUUUUCAUUCGAUAUUCGAUAAUUAUCUAUUACGGUAGUAUGUAUUACAAUAAAUUGUACUCUGUUUUUACUUAAUUUCUUCUAUCUAAAUGAGCUUAUAAGUACCUACAUAUUCUUGUGGUUUAUUUUUCAGUUUAAUUUAUGAGUUAAAUUAGUCUCUUAUUGAAUAUAAUGAAACAUAAACAAUACAUCAAACUUAUUCUGAAACUAUUUCUUGUGUCUUGUUAUAUUUCAUUAUUUUUGUGGUGUAAUAAACCACAACACAAUGCCACAACCCAUUAAAUUCAAUACAUAGAUAUCAAAAUUGGAAAUGAUUGUUUUACUAAAUUAUUCCUUCCUUCAGAUAAUGUUCAACCCUCAUGAAGUUAAAGGUAAUUUUUAUAUCUACAUAUCAACAAUCUUACUCUCUACAAAAAUGUAAGCUGGAUUUCAGAGUGGAAAUAACCACAUUAUAUUGUGGAAAUAAUAAAGAAAGACUCUAAUCAAAUUUCUACCUUCUAAGAAAGGCAUUGAAUUAUUGAAUAGAAAGUUAAUCCUUUGCCUGUUGCCUUUAUUCUCUUUUCUUUUUUGACAUUUAUUUCGAAAUAUGAAAGAGACAACAAAAAGCUUCCUUCUCUAACCUUAAUGUAUGCAACCCGUCAUUACAUUGCGAAUCCGAAAAUUGUUCGCGGAGCGAAAAAUCCUGAGCAUGUCCAGGAUAAGUUUACGUUGACGCCUGCGCAUUGGAAACUAAUCCCGAACUUACUCUGGGUAUGCUCGAUUUGUACUGCGCGAACACUACUAAUUUUUCAUGACGCAUUCGAAUCUGCAAUCAAAAGUGGGGGUUGCUAUUUAAGAUUUUAAAUUUACCCCCCACCCCGUCACCAGGGGGUGGAUUGGAGGGUCAUUUUUGGUGUUUAUCGAUAGGUUUUCGAAAAAUAUUAAAAACCUGUUUUUUGGUUUCUUAUUUGGAAGUGUAUUUCUCGAGAUAUUAUACCGUUUCUAUAAUUUACCUAUGGUAUCAGGAUAUAUGUAGCUAUUUGUAUAACAAGGAAGGAAAGUGCUACUUUUCCUCCCGAGAAUGAAGUUUGCUGCCCGACGCGUAGCGGGGGGCAGUAAUCAUUCAAGGGAGGAAAAGGCACUUUACUUCCAUGUUAAUACAUAUGGUUUUUCCACCUUCCUCAAAUAACAAGUAAUUUUUUCAUUUUUACUUAAUUUAUUUAUGUGACUAAUCCAAUAAAAUUUAUUAGAACUAAAACUAUAAGCACUUGUUCACAAUGGACGUAACCAUAAGAUGAACGUAAACCGUUAUCAUUUCGUAAACCGUAAUUUGUACAUAAUUUUAUGCAGCGUUCACAACAUAGAGUUAAAUAUUAGCAUAGAGAGAGUGUCAUUCAGAGCGAAGUGACGACACCAUCUUUUUUAUUUGGAUUAGUGCUGUUUCACUCUUACGCAUAGUAAAGCUGCGAAAGUUGUCCUCCUCUUCUGUGCCUAUUAUCACACUGAAUGUCAUUAUAGAUUCUCGAUACAAUGUGUUAGAAGGAGAUGCAGCAAACCAGUCCCCGAGAUCUUGUCGUCAGGAAGCGCGGAAGGUAGGCUCCCUCUAUGUUAAUAUAUACCUCUAUGGUUCACAAUAGACUUAAAUUUUAUGUAAAGACGUAAAAUUUAAGUUACGCGGCCUUGAAGGCCGCGUCCCACCAUCAAAUAAUUUGAGCAAACUGAAAGUGACAGUUAGUGAUGUCACAUCCUGAGUGUUCAUUGUGGAUAAUAAUGAAAAAUUUAAAUUUUAAAUAAAGUGUUUGAACUAUUUUAAUUUAAUUUAGCAAAAUAAGCUAGUUAUUCAAAAAUUUAUAAAAUUUAAAUGUUUACGUCAAAUUUUACGUUGUCAAAACGUAGUUAAUCCGACAGGCGACAGUGGCGCUGUUUCAAUAUGGCGAAUGGCCAUGGAUGGGAUCUUAGACACAGGGUUACCAUGUCUAGGGAUUUUCCCCGAAUCUAGGGAUUUUUUGAAGCUUUUGGGGCUCAGGAGGGAUUUUUUUUGAAAUCUAGGGAUUUAUUAAACUGUGCUGGUGCCAUUUUUUGUUGUUAUUAAAUAUCUUUUUGUUCAAAUAUUA